AAUCAAACAUCAGUGUUUUCGUACUAUUCUAUCCUAGGACUGGCGGGCCAUUGUAUUUUAUCAUCCCUUAAGUGUUUCGCUUUCAUCUAGAACUUUCUGCAGCAUUCUACAAGGCGAAGAUAUAGAGACCAAAUGGCAACCAGCAGGAGUUUCCCUGAUAGUUAUAUUGACGAGCAUCCGAAGACGGCUCUUGAGGAGCUAGAUAAGGCUUUGGAAGAGAAAGCUGAUAAUGCUGAUUGGUUCUGCCAGCGAGCUUAUGCCAAUAUACUACUGAAACAGUACAAAAGAGCAAUUGAUGAUGCUGAAAAAGCCCAGCAGCUGCAGCCAGAUCUGGCACUUGCAUUUUUAAGAAGAGGAAUGGCAGAAUAUCACCUUAAAAACUUCAGCACUGCUCAUCAGGUUUUCACAGCUGCAAAAGAGCUCGAUUGUUCCAGUGAAUGCUUGCAAACAUGGAUCCAGCGUUGUGAGGAGAAAAUGCCAACACUCAUUGAAAAUGGAGCCUCAUGGAAUUUGCAGCAAUCACAGCAUGUCAAACAUGACUGGUACCAGACAGAGUCGCUAGUCGUAGUGACCAUCAUGUUAAAAAAUGCCCAGAAGGACAAUGUGUCUGUGGAUUUUGUUGCAAAGAAGCUAACAGCUGUGGUAAAACUUCUUACAGGAGAAGAUUACUGUCUAAACGUGAAUCUUCUGCAUCCUGUUGUCCCAGAACAGAGCACGUUCAGGAUUCUUUCAACCAAGAUAGAGAUCAAGAUGAAGAAAACAGAGGCCAUCCAUUGGGAAAAACUGGAGGGAGAAGGGUCACUUUCUACUGUGAAGCACUUCACUCCCAACCAGUACCCGUCAUCCUCCCACUACACACGCAACUGGGACAAGGUGGUGGGUGAAAUAAAAGAGGAGGAAAAGAACGAGAACCUGGAGGGGGAUGCUGCACUAAACAAACUGUUUCAUCAAAUCUACUCAGAUGGCUCCGAUGAGGUCAAACGUGCAAUGAACAAGUCCUUUAUGGAAUCAGGCGGCACAGUCUUAAGCACUAAUUGGACAGAUGUUGGUAAAAGGAAAGUAGAAAUGAACCCACCUGAGGAUGUAGAGUGGAAAAAGUAUUAAGGGAUAAAUACUACACAAUUCUACCUUCGUAGUCCCAAUACUUUUCUCCAUGUGAUCUAUUCUACCUUCACACUUGGGGCACCAUUGACACAGAAUAUUCCUGGACAUGGAUAAAAAUACUGUUCAAAUGAAAAAAUAUUUUGGUCUACAAAACUAGAUAAGAUUUAAUACUUUUUGUUAUAAGGUUUGUUUCAGCCAUAUUUACUGCAGAGAUCAAAUUUCUGAAUGCUGAAGUUUCUUUCAGAGAUCCAGAAUAUAUUAAGUUUUUACAUCUAACAUAUGUACUCAAAAUAUAUUGUGAUUUUAGCUGAAGGUCAUGCAGUUUUCUGAAAAUCAUAUCACUGAAUAUAAAUAUGAUGCACAUCCUGUAAAUAAAUUAAUUUUGAUCUCUCA